AUGCUUAAGGCUUUAAAAUAUAGAGACUUUAUGGUAUUUUACAAUGCUUACAUGGAAGAUGUCAGACAGGAAAAAGCCAAAGAAUUACCUCCUUAUAUUUUUCAACAUUGCAAAAUGGUGUCACAUUUUGAAAAAGAGUAUCAUGAGUAUAAGAAAAUGAACAAAUUUGCCGGUGAUUAUGGGGAUGGGAUAAAAACAAAAUUUGAUAUGGAGGUGAGGGAAAGAAUUAGGAAUAAUGUCGAGGAAAAAGAUGAAAUUUACGAAUGA